CUCGAUUCGUUCCGCGAGAAAAUCCAGUCCCUCCCAUCCCAUCGCCGCCUUUUCCUUUUCCUCCAAAUCCAACCUCCUCUUCUCCCCCUUCUCCGGCGCGGCGGCGGCGGUAUCACCGGAGGCGCCGACCCUCCCUCGGCUCGCCAAAAGCCAUGGCGAACCUGGGCGGCGGCGCCGAGGCGCACGCGCGCUUCAAGCAGUACGAGUACCGCGCCAACUCCAGCCUCGUCCUCACCACCGACUCGCGCCCCCGCGACACCCACGAGCCCACCGGCGAGCCCGAGACGCUCUGGGGCAGGAUCGACCCCAGGAGCUUCGGCGACCGCGCCGUCCAGGCCAAGCCCCCCGAGCUCGAGGAGAAGCUCACCAAGUCCCGCAAGAAGAAGGCCGCCGCCGCUGACCCCGACGACCUCCACCGCCGCGACGCCAAGCGCAGGCGCCGCGCCGCAGCCGCCCAGCGUGAGGUCAGCGUCCUCUCGCUCACCGACGACGUCGUCUACAAGCCCCAGACCAAGGAGACGCGCGCCGCCUACGAGGCCCUGCUCAGCGUCAUCCAGCAGCAGUUCGGCGGACAGCCGCUCGACGUGCUCGGCGGCGCUGCCGACGAGGUGCUCGCCGUCCUCAAGAAUGACAAGAUCAAGAGCCCUGACAAGAAGAAGGAGAUCGAGAAGCUCCUCAACCCUAUCUCCAACCAGAUGUUCGACCAGAUCGUCUCCAUAGGGAAGCUCAUCACGGAUUUCCAUGAUGCCUCGGCUGGUGAUUCAGCUGCUGCGCCAUCUGGUGAUGGCAUGGACACAGCGCUGGAUGAUGACAUCGGCGUUGCUGUUGAAUUUGAAGAGAACGAAGAUGACGAGGAGAGCGAUUUCGAUCAGGUGCAAGAUGAUUUGGAUGAAGAUGAAGAUGAUGACUUGCCUGAGUCGAAUGCCCCUGGUGCUAUGCAAAUGGGUGGCGAGUUAGAUGAUGAUGAUAUGCAGAACUCCAACGAGGGGCUGACCAUAAAUGUACAAGACAUUGAUGCUUACUGGCUUCAGAGGAAGGUCUCGCAAGCAUACGAAGAUAUUGAUCCGCAGCACAGUCAGAAGCUUGCUGAGGAGAUCUUGAAGAUAAUUGCUGAGGGUGAUGACAGAGAUGUCGAGAAUCGGCUUGUCAUGCUGUUGGACUAUGAAAAGUUUGAUCUCAUUAAACUGCUACUACGCAACCGACUCAAGAUUGUUUGGUGUACCCGUUUAGCAAGGGCUGAAGAUCAGGAACAGCGGAAGAAGAUUGAGGAAGAUAUGAUGGGUAACCCAACUUUAACUCCGAUAUUGGAGCAGCUACAUGCAACGAGGGCAUCUGCAAAGGAGAGGCAGAAGAAUCUAGAGAAAAGUAUCAGGGAUGAGGCCAAGAGGCUUACUAAAAGCGAAAACACUGGCAUUGAUGGUGCGAGGGAUCGUAGGGCAGUUGACCGGGAUAUGGAGAGUGGAUGGUUGAAAGGCCAGAGGCAGCUGCUUGAUCUUGACAGCCUGUCCUUCCACCAAGGUGGUCUCUUGAUGGCCAACAAGAAAUGUGAGCUUCCUCCAGGAUCAUUCAGAACCCCUCAUAAGGGGUAUGAGGAAGUCCAUGUGCCGGCGCUAAAAGCUAAGCCAUAUGAAACUGGAGAGAAGAUUGUCAAGAUAUCUGAUAUGCCAGAGUGGGCUCAACCAGCUUUUGCUAAGAUGACACAGCUGAACAGGGUUCAGAGCAAGGUUUAUGAGACUGCCCUUUUCAAACCAGAUAAUAUUCUCCUCUGUGCUCCAACAGGUGCUGGGAAAACCAAUGUGGCUGUGCUCACAAUCCUUCAGCAGAUUGGGUUGCAUAUGAAGGAUGGAGUGUUUGACAAUACCAAGUACAAAAUUGUCUAUGUGGCCCCAAUGAAAGCUUUGGUUGCCGAAGUUGUUGGAAAUUUGUCGGCUCGGCUGAGUGCAUAUGGUAUUACUGUAAGAGAGCUCAGUGGAGACCAGAACCUGACCAAACAGCAGAUUGAUGAAACACAGAUAAUUGUCACCACACCUGAGAAAUGGGACAUUGUCACAAGAAAAUCAGGUGACAGAACCUAUACUCAAAUGGUAAAGCUUCUAAUCAUUGAUGAGAUCCAUCUACUUCAUGACAACAGAGGGCCUGUUCUGGAGAGCAUUGUUUCUAGAACUGUCCGGCAGAUUGAGACGACCAAAGAACAUAUCCGUCUAGUUGGUCUCUCAGCAACUCUUCCGAACUAUGAAGAUGUCGCGGUUUUCCUGCGUGUUCGCUCUGAUGGCCUCUUCCAUUUCGAUAACAGCUACAGACCUUGCCCCCUUGCUCAGCAAUACAUUGGGAUCACUGUGAGGAAGCCACUACAGAGGUUUCAGCUGAUGAAUGAGAUUUGCUACGAGAAGGUUAUGGCAUCUGCUGGAAAGCAUCAAGUGCUUAUAUUCGUGCACUCGAGGAAGGAGACAGCGAAAACUGCCCGUGCCAUCAGAGAUACUGCAUUGGCUAAUGACACGUUAAACCGCUUCUUGAAGGAUGAUAGUGCAAGCCAAGAGAUUCUUGGGAGUCAGGCAGAACUAGUAAAAAGCAGUGACCUUAAAGACCUUUUGCCUUAUGGGUUUGCUAUUCAUCAUGCUGGGUUGGCAAGGGUAGACCGUGAGCUUGUAGAGGAGCUUUUUGCCGAUAAGCAUAUACAGGUCCUUGUCUCAACAGCCACCCUUGCAUGGGGUGUCAAUUUGCCUGCACACACUGUUAUAAUAAAGGGUACCCAGAUUUACAAUCCUGAAAAGGGUGCGUGGACAGAGCUGAGUCCUCUAGAUGUCAUGCAGAUGCUUGGCCGUGCUGGCAGGCCACAGUAUGAUACACAUGGAGAGGGAAUAAUCCUAACUGGCCACAGUGAAUUGCAAUAUUACCUGUCUCUAAUGAAUCAACAACUGCCUAUUGAGAGUCAGUUCAUAUCCAGAUUGGCUGAUCAAUUAAAUGCAGAGAUUGUUCUUGGGACUAUUCAGAAUGCUCGGGAGGCAUGCUCAUGGCUUGGCUACACCUACCUCUACAUCCGGAUGCUCCGGAAUCCAACAUUGUAUGGUCUACCGGCAGAUAUCAUGGAGACUGAUAAAACACUAGAUGAAAGGAGAGCUGACUUGGUGCACUCUGCUGCAAAUCUGCUCGAUAGGAACAAUUUGAUAAAGUAUGACAGGAAAACAGGAUACUUCCAGGUUACUGACCUAGGAAGGAUUGCUAGUUAUUACUAUAUUAGCCACGGGACUAUUUCAACUUACAAUGAGUACCUGAAGCCUACAAUGGGUGAUAUUGAGCUAUGUCGGCUCUUUUCACUCAGUGAAGAAUUCAAGUAUGUCAGUGUUAGACAAGAUGAGAAAAUGGAGCUGGCUAAGCUUUUGGAUCGUGUGCCUAUUCCUGUGAAAGAAAGCUUGGAGGAGCCCAGUGCAAAGAUCAAUGUUCUGCUGCAAGCAUAUAUUUCUAGGCUGAAAUUGGAGGGUCUUUCGCUUAGCUCCGAUAUGGUCUACAUCAGACAGAGUGCUGGCCGUCUCUUACGAGCGUUGUUUGAGAUAGUUCUGAAGAGAGGAUGGGCCCAACUAGCAGAGAAGGCUUUGAAUCUUUGUAAGAUGAUAGAUAAGCAGAUGUGGAAUGUCCAAACUCCCCUGCGCCAAUUCCCUGGUAUUCCGAAGGAAAUCCUAAUGAAACUGGAGAAAAAAGAAUUGGCUUGGGAGAGGUACUACGACCUAUCAUCUCAGGAAAUUGGUGAACUAAUUCGGUUCCCGAAGAUGGGCAGGCAACUGCACAAGUGCAUCCACCAGUUACCAAAGUUGAAUCUUUCAGCCCAUGUUCAGCCAAUUACUCGUACGGUUUUGGGUUUUGAGUUGACUAUAACUCCUGAUUUCCAAUGGGAUGAUAAGGUACAUGGAUAUGUGGAGCCUUUCUGGGUUAUUGUUGAGGACAACGAUGGCGAGAACAUUCUUCACCAUGAGUACUUCAUGGUUAAGAAACAAUACGUAGAUGAAGAUCAUACACUCAACUUCACAGUGCCAAUAUACGAGCCACUGCCCCCUCAAUACUUUAUUCGUGUUGUAUCUGAUAAGUGGCUUGGUUCUCAGACAAUUCUUCCUGUCUGUUUUAGGCACUUAAUUCUUCCAGAAAAAUAUGCUCCGCCAACUGAAUUGCUUGAUCUGCAGCCACUGCCUGUUACUGCAUUGAGAAAUGCACGAUACGAAGGCCUUUAUAGUGCCUUCAAACAUUUCAACCCAAUCCAGACUCAAGUGUUCACUGUUCUGUACAACACUGAUGACAGUGUUUUGGUUGCUGCGCCAACAGGCAGUGGAAAGACCAUCUGUGCAGAGUUUGCUAUACUAAGAAACCAUCAGAAGGCUGUAUCUGGUGAGAGCAACAUGCGAGUUGUGUAUAUUGCUCCUAUUGAAGCCCUUGCAAAAGAAAGGUACAGGGAUUGGGAGCAGAAAUUUGGAGAAUUUGCUCGGGUAGUUGAGCUAACAGGUGAAACUGCAGCUGACUUGAAGCUUCUGGAUAAAGGGGAGAUUAUAAUUAGUACUCCUGAGAAGUGGGAUGCACUCUCUCGCCGGUGGAAACAGCGGAAACAAGUCCAACAGGUCAGCCUAUUCAUUGUUGAUGAGCUUCAUCUGAUUGGAUCUGAAAAGGGACAUGUUCUGGAAGUCAUCGUCUCUAGGAUGAGGCGUAUUGCAAGUCAUAUCGGCAGUAACAUCCGGAUUGUGGCUCUUUCAGCUUCACUUGCAAAUGCUAAAGAUCUCGGAGAAUGGAUUGGUGCUACCUCUCAUGGCCUUUUCAACUUUCCUCCAGCUGUCCGGCCGGUGCCAUUAGAAAUACACAUUCAGGGUGUGGAUAUAGCAAAUUUUGAGGCAAGGAUGCAGGCAAUGACGAAGCCGACAUACACUGCUAUUACCCAACAUGCAAAGAAUGGUAAACCUGCCCUGGUGUUUGUGCCUACACGGAAGCAUGCAAGGUUGACUGCAUUGGACUUGUGUGCAUACUCGAGUGCUGAGGGUGGUGGAACACCUUUCCUUCUUGGUUCAGAAGAUGAGAUGGAUGCUUUCACUGGUGGUAUCAGUGAUGAAACACUUAAAUAUACUCUGAAAUGUGGUGUAGGCUACUUGCAUGAAGGUUUAAGUGAUCUGGAACAGGAAGUUGUAACGCAGCUGUUUCUCGGUGGGAGGAUCCAAGUGUGUGUUGCGAGUAGCACUGUGUGCUGGGGAAGAUCAUUGCCUGCCCAUCUGGUGGUUGUGAUGGGAACCCAGUAUUAUGAUGGCCGGGAGAAUGCUCAUACUGAUUAUCCAAUCACUGAUCUACUCCAAAUGAUGGGUCAUGCUAGCAGGCCUCUUCAAGAUAACUCAGGGAAAUGUGUUAUAUUGUGUCAUGCGCCUCGCAAGGAAUACUACAAGAAGUUCCUUUUUGAGGCCUUCCCUGUUGAGAGCCAUCUUCACCACUUCUUGCAUGAUCAUAUGAACGCUGAGGUGGUGGUUGGUGUCAUAGAAAACAAGCAAGAUGCUGUGGAUUACCUUACUUGGACCUUCAUGUACAGGCGGCUGACCAAGAACCCUAACUACUACAAUCUGCAGGGCGUGAGCCACAGGCAUUUGUCGGACCAUUUAUCUGAGUUGGUUGAGACUGUAUUGAAUGACCUAGAAUCAAGCAAGUGUGUGGCUAUAGAGGAGGAUAUGUACCUGAAGCCCCUCAACCUUGGUCUGAUUGCUUCGUACUACUACAUUAGCUACACAACUAUUGAGAGGUUCAGUUCAAUGCUAACUCAAAAGACUAAGAUGAAAGGGCUCCUGGAGAUUCUAGCCUCUGCUUCAGAAUAUGCUGAGCUUCCCAGUCGCCCUGGUGAGGAGGAUUUCAUUGAGAAGCUUGUUCGCCACCAGAGAUUUUCCAUCGAGAAGCCCAAGUAUGGUGAUCCACAUGUCAAGGCUAACGCACUGCUGCAAGCUCAUUUUUCAAGGCACACUAUCUUAGGGAACCUGGCAGCCGACCAGCGGGAGAUACUCCUUUCUGCUCAUAGAUUGCUCCAGGCAAUGGUUGAUGUUAUCUCCAGCAAUGGAUGGCUUACGCUUGCUCUUAAUGCAAUGGAGCUGAGUCAAAUGGUGACACAAGGCAUGUGGGAUCGUGAUUCUGUUCUUUUACAACUUCCACAUUUCACCAAGGAGUUGGCACGGAGAUGUCAGGAGAAUGAAGGGAGGCCCAUUGAGAGCAUCUUUGAUCUGGCUGAGAUGAGCAUCGAUGAGAUGCGGGAUCUGUUGCAGCAAUCAAACCCUCAGCUGCAGGAUAUCAUUGAAUUCUUCAAGCGUUUCCCCAAUGUCGAUAUGGCUUACGAAGUUCGCGAGGGUGAUGAUAUCAGGGCUGGUGACAAUGUAACUGUACAGGUGACCCUGGAGCGUGACAUGACGAACUUGCCUUCUGAGGUGGGGCCAGUUCAUGCCCCCAGGUACCCAAAGCCCAAGGAAGAAGGCUGGUGGCUGGUAAUUGGUGAUAGCUCUACCAAUCAGUUGCUUGCAAUCAAGAGGGUUGCACUUCAGAAGAGGGCUCGAGUGAAGCUUGAGUUCACCGCUGCUUCAGAAGCUGGGAGAAAGGAGUACAUGAUCUACCUGAUGUCCGAUUCUUAUCUGGGCUGCGAUCAGGAGUACGAGUUCACCGUCGAUGUCAUGGAUGCUGGAGGGGAUUGAUCCCAAGGCCAGAAAGAGGAUGAAAGCUUUGCCCAGCCCCCAGGUGUGUAUGGAGCUGGGUGGUUGCUUGUACGCUCGUAGCAAUUCCUAAUGUCCUAUCCACACUUGUAUGUGUUUGUACUCGUUUUUAUCUUUAGCCAUUUUCUUAGUGUAACUGAUGCUCACCUCUGCUGCUACCUGUGGUCAUCUUUGGGGAUCUUUAUUAGCUAGCCUAUGGCUGUGCUUCUUGUGAUCAUCCUUCUUAUUGUGUUUUUGUCUUCCUGUUUCAUCAAAGCAAGUCACUAACGUUUUGAUUCUUAUCUAUAUCAUUUUAUCAUGCCGUUGGUUUGGCCCGUAUUAA